AUGAUUUUACGCAGGGUUACCGGUCCUGGUAAGCAGAUAUCAUGGAUCGACCAUUUUAGGCAAUCAUGCAAUCCCUCAAUUUUGUUUGAAGCUCCGGUUGAAAAGAAAUGCUCUCCUGACUUUGAACCUAUCAAGGUAUCGAUAGUUUUCCAUCCUCGCACAUUACAACGUGAGGUUCGCAACUGCAGUAAACUCAUUAUUUGGACGGAUUGCGAUCGCGAGGGAGAAAAUAUCGGCAUGGAGAUCGUCGGCGUAUGUCAAGAAGUAAAACCCUCGAUCCUCGUCUCCCGCGCUAGGUUCUCAGAAAUAACUCCACAUGCAGUCCACCAGGCCAUAAAAAACUUGACGGCGAUGGAUGAGAAGAGUAGCCUUGCUGUAGACACUCGCCAAGAGCUUGAUCUUCGCAUUGGUGCUGCCUUUACACGAUUCCAGACUCUCCGACUUCAACGUGUAUUUCCUCGCGCUCUGGCAGAGCAGUUGAUAUCCUAUGGUUCGUGCCAAUUUCCCACGCUGGGUUUUGUGGUCGAACGAUUUCGUGAGGUAGAAAAUUUCGUUCCUGAGCCCUUUUGGAAAAUUGUGGCACACUUGGACCGAGCAAACUCGCAAACAAGUUUCACUUGGAAGCGAGGUCGCCUGUUUGACCAUGACUGCUGCUCCGCCUAUCAUCAGCAUCUUCUAGAGAAUCCAUUUGGCCAAGUUAUUGAUGUCCAACAGCGUCCAAAAACAAAAUGGCGACCUCUGCCGAUGGACACUGUCGAGAUGGAGAAGCUGGCUGCCCGCAAGCUGCGCCUCGGUGCCAAGCAGACCAUGCAACUGGCUGAGACUCUGUACACUCGCGGGUUCAUCUCCUAUCCCCGCACGGAGACGAACAUGUUUCCUGCCGAGAUGAACCUAGCGCCCUUGGUUCAGGUGCAAACUGAGGACUCUCGGUGGUCAGCCUUUGCGAAUAAUUUAUUGACCAAUGGUCUCCGACCUCGGGCUGGUAAGAAGACAGACAAGGCUCAUCCUCCCAUCCAUCCUCUCAAAUGUGGCUCCGCCCUUCAAGACGCGAAGGGCGCAGAGACAGCAGUAACAAUAUGCCUAGGAGCUAGUGAGCCACCCACACGUCGGCUUACCAGCGAGGAUGGCGAGUUGUUUGAAGCCAAGGGCCUGGUCAUUCAUGCCCGCAACUACCUGGAGGUGUACAUUUAUGAGAGCUGGAGUGAGCGAGACAUGCCGGAGUUCAUUUUGGGUGAAAAUAUUACUCCAAGGGAAAUUCAGUUGAUUGAAAGUCAGACAACAGCACCUAAUCUCCUGACUGAGGCUGACCUUAUCGGCCUGAUGGACAGACAUGGCAUCGGGACCGAUGCCACGCACGCCGAACACAUUGAAACCAUCAAACAACGCCUGUACGUCGGCCUUCAGGAUAACAAGUUUCUGGUGCCGGGGCAGCUCGGCAUGGGCUUAGUUGAAGGUUACGAUGCCAUGGCACUCGAAAUGUCUAAGCCACACCUCCGUGCCGAACUAGAAAACGACCUAAGAGCGAUCUGCGAGGGACGCAAAACCAGCGAAGAGGUCCUACGUGCUCAGACAGCCAAAUACAAGGCCGUUUUCGAGACUGCCGUUGUAGAGGCACGGAAACUGGAUGUUGCCAUCGCCAACCGCCUCUCACAAGAGCCGGAAAACGUCCCCGGUAGGAAUUUUCUUCACCUUUUCAAAAUGUACUCGAUUCCAGGCGUGCGUAUGGAUGGCUUCUCAAAGGUCUUCCAGUGCCCUUCCUGCAGCAAAGAUGUGGUUAUUCGUCAAAAGAAAGCCACGCCCACAUCAACCGCCGAGCAGAGCGCCGCUGUACCCAACAGGACUGGAUCCGGUUCUACCGCCUGGUUCCUCUCCUGCACUGGUUACCCUCCCUGUCGGUACGCCGUUUGGCUGCCGGAUUGUGUAAUUGGUGCACGCGUUGUUCGCCAGCAGGAGCUAAGUCAGCCAUCGGAAAAUCUCACGCCUUCCCCCUGCCUGCCUUGUCGUCCGAGCUGUGUCAUGCAACAGCCACACAACCGCCCGUCUACCGGGGCGACACUUCUCGGCCUUAAAUUCCGUCUCGGUACCCGGUUGCCCACUGGCUAUAUCCAGGACAGCCCUGAUAGGGAGUGA